GGUCUACCACGUCAUCCGUAACUUGCAAUUCACGAAACGUUGUAGCUGCCAUAAAAUCUCCACACUCAUCAGUAACACCAGGACCCACAUAGCUCUGGUAUUUAUAUAUCCAGAAUCGGAUUCAGUACGAUAUCAUUCUCUCUUAAGAUCACGUACCUGAGCGGUCUUCUUAUUGCAGAACUCUUCUGUAUCAGCGAGGGAGCUCUUCGCCCCCCAUCAUCCUAACAUUGAAUCAAGACUGCACUGCACAUUUUCGACACAUUGAAUUAUGGCGCCUCGAAAGAAAAAUAAACCAGAGACUACAACUCCAGAGAUUCAGCAACCAGCUCCGCAGCGACCGUCCCUGUUACGACGUAUUCAAGUGCUGAUGCCAUCUGUACCACGCAGAAGGUCUACGCCAAGCUCACGUCCUUUUACUGCACCAAAUUUCGAAAGUCGUCCCGGAAAUGGGUGCCGACGCCGCGAUUCACGCCACCAAGACGGAGAGUCGUCCCUUACAGUACCCGUUCGCUCAGACUCGCCAUGCCCAUAUGACGCUGAGGAGUAUCAUUCCUUUCCGAGCAUUGACAAGCCGCGCUGUUGGACUUGUGGUUUUUCAUUCCGCCGGCUCACUCGUACGACAAGGGCGCCGAUUAGGCCAUGUAGUGCUUGCCGUUCACGCAGCCCAAGUUCACACCUUGCCAGAAAUCGAAGCAACACCCCGAACCGGAGUGCUUCGGCAGUGGAAACAAGCCUGAUGUCCGUUUCAGAGGAAGACGUUGAUCUACCACCACGACCUGUAUUUAACGUUCCGCGGGUGCUCCUCGAAAAUGGACCAAGAAUAGCAAGAAUGCCCCGUUUUCCUCCCCUGAAUUCCGUUGAUAUACCGCGGGAAACUCCCACUGAAAGGCCGCCGACGAGACAUGGACCUAUCCCAGAAUCGGAGCGCGGCUUUACAUUUGAAAAGUUGAAAGAGUUGCUCCCUCCACCGCCAAAGUUUACGUCUUCAACACCUCGACCAAAAAGCCCGAAGAUUCAUCACAUCCAUGGAUUACCCCACGCGAGGGACUAUCCCUAUGUGCAUAAGCAUGAAGUUGAGAAGCAUUUAGCAGCCCUACGUGCUGGCGAGCCCACCCCGGUUGCAGAUAUACAAAGGGGGGUAGGGAGGCCGCAUACUGCGGUGGGAAGUAGAGGUUCGAGUAGAGAUUACUCCGAGACAGUCUUCUACGGUCGUGGUGCGUCUCCAGUGUCAACCGCGUCCUCAAGACAGUCGCCCACCCAGGCGCAACCUCACUCAAGCUACAGGUCUUCACCACUGUCUCUAGACACCAUCCUCGAGGAGAAUCGUAGACCACGUGAUCCGCACAGCUCUCUUGGAAGACCAGGCCCCGGCACUCCCGUUCAUAAAUCCGAAAGUGUAACACUAACAGAAUAUGACGAGGAUAAUUACGACCUGGAACUGCAGAGGAGCACAGUAUAUCGCGUACGGGUACCGCAGAACCAGCAACAGAGGAACAGAAUUACUGAACACGAGAGCGAUCAUUCAAGCGAUCAUUCAAGCGACCAAUCGAGCAACCAUGGCGGCACGCUCCCUCCAACACCCUCCACAAUUGGCGGCGUCCGCACUGAACUUCGUGGCGGAAAUCCAUUUCAAGAGGGAUUACCCAGGCUUAGAGGUGGCGGAGAUGAAGAAAGUCCAGAGCCACCCAGAUUGACCAGGAGCUACAAGCUGAAGAAGUUCAUACUCACCUGUCGAGGCCCCUGUGCGACUACUUCGGAUAGUGAUAGCGAAGACGUCCUGCCGCCGCGUACGCCUCUGCCCGAUCGGAUUGCAAGGGCUACGAGUAAGGCAUUGAGGAGAGUCCCACUUCCGAAGCAUAUUCAAAGGCUCCAACCUAGCGAUGGAAAUGGUAGCGAGUCUGCGCCCCUGGAAAAUCUCAGGCUAAGUUCCCUAGAAGGGCUAAACGAGUGCCCGCCAACGCCGCUCCAGCAAAUACCCUGUCUCAGAGGCGGCGGUGCACCUACCUUCGAAGACACGGAUCCUCUCCCUUUGAGUCUAUGGUGGCUUGCCGGCGGCCGAGGAAAGAAGCCCAUAACAGUCGCUCAGUGGAACAGUCAGAAGCCGAAGAAGAGGAUGGGCGGCCUCCUUGGCAUGGCAGUAUUUGGACUCAAGGCUGGGACACCGUAUCAGGCCAACGAGAAGGGAGACGCUGGAGCGGAAGGAGCUGCUUCUGGCGGAUCGAGCUCUUCGUCUAGCUUAUUGGGGUCUAGUUCUUCGUUGAGCAAGCUCUCGGUCACCGUCACUGCGAGGGAAUCGCCGCCAUCCAACAACACUGCUAGUUCUAUCAGUGGGAAUGAUGGUGCCGGAAGUGCAACAGGGUCCAGGGCUCCGUCUAUCCACUCGACGCGUACGAAUGCGUCAAGAAGGCCAGUACUAAACUCUCCUGUCCCUGCUGCUAAGGGUGUGUCCGCGAAUCCGCCAGCUCCUAGGUCCUCGGCGUCAAGUUCGACGGGGAGUGCCUCAAAGUGUCGAACCUCGUCCAGGAGAUCCUCAGCUGCGCAUACUGCAAGAGAACCCGCUGUCGCUGAAGGCAGUCCUGGCGCUGCUUACGGGAACGGGCCAGCCAGCGCGACUCGGGCGCCCAGCAUUCAUUCAUCUGUCUCUGGCUCGACGCGCUCUAAGACCUCAGAACGUAGCGCAACGGGAAGCAACCACGCCGUGGCUGAUGCGGCUUCUGCCGGUGCAACCAGCGCGACGACAGCGAAUGAGCCAUCGUCUGACAAUGCAGAUAGCAAUCCUGCUUCCGGUGAUAGUGCUGCGGCGCAGGAGGACGCGCCAGCGGAUAGUGCAAACGACCACACAACUGGAGAGCCCAACGCCAGCGAUGGGGCGAACACUAGCGAUGUGGGGAACGCACAGAGUGAUGCUCCAGCUAGUGAACAACAAAUUGCCAAUGCGGCAGCAGGCAACGGAGCUGGGGAAGCGGACCCUGGUGCUGGACACAACGGUACAGCGGUCUAGGGCGGUAGUACUGCGCAGGCAGAGAGCGGAG